CGAUUUCAGUACGUUCCCAAACUUAGACUCCGUCGGUAAUAUCAAUUCAAAAUGCUGAGGCUGGCACUGUACACAGUCUGUAUUGUCCUUUCUCUACAAGGAUCCCUUGUAGCAUCUCAGGAUCAUCCGGUGUGCGUCCUUCGGGAUGCGCCAACGCAGUGCGGCUCCUUUUGCCUGAGCGCACUACAUCCGCUCUUUGCCGAUACUGAUAAUAUUCGAAGCAGGUUGGAUGGCAUCGAAGCAGGGCUAGAUUCCUGUAAGAUGAAAAAUGAUUACGAGGCGAGAUUAGCCGGAAUCGAAAACCACCUAAAAGCGAGUCAGUUAAAAAUAUCUGAAGAUCUAAUCAAAACCAAAGACGAUCUUAUCAAUGCGCAAAAAAAACUAAUCGAUAAAGAUGAUCAAAUCACGGACCUAAAGAAUUGGAUUGAAACAUCAAAACUUAACCAAUCUAAUGAGCUUUCGGAAUGCCGAUUAAAGCUCGAUGAGAUGGAACCAUUUAAGGUGUCAUGUUCGUCGUCUCCACAUGGCUGGACCGUAAUUCAGAGACGGAUCGACGGAUCCGAGAACUUCCAUCGAAACUGGGAUGAUUACAAAAAAGGAUUUGGAAACGUUAAGGGAGAAUUUUUCAUUGGCCUGGAAAAUUUGCAUCAGAUGACGAAGGCAGGUCACCACGAACUCUACAUUAAGCUUGGGAAGGUUGAUGGAUCCACCAGCUAUGCUCACUAUGACGAUUUUAAAAUUGGCAGUGAGGACGAAUUGUAUGAGCUGAAGAGCAUUGGGAUUUAUUCCGGUGAAGCCGGAGACUCCCUUAAAUUCAAUAAGAACAAAAAGUUCUCUACAUUUGAUCGGGAUAAUGACGAAUGGUAUGCAAAUUUAGCUGAUCUGGAAAACGGUGGUUGGUGGCAUGGCGUUUGGGAAAUAAGUCAGCUCAAUGGAAAAUACUAUAAAGAUGGCCAAAUAACAAAUAAAGGCAUAAGAAACGGAAUAUACUGGAUCUCAUGGCAUAACUACGACGUGAAAAUAUCACUCACCUACGUUGAAAUGAUGAUAAGACCUAAGUCCUUAUGAAGCACAGUUGCUAUUGAUCAAAUAUCAUAGUUUUAAUCCAAAGGAUUUGAAUAGAAAAACGAAUAUAAUUUAUUUUGCAAUAGAUAAAAUGGAGUUGUCGUACCACAAUUUUGUGUGUGGAGCUGCUCCUGAGGAACUUUAAAUCCUAUUAACGAAGCUCACUAAA